UAGACGGGGGUGUUCUACUUAUCUUUUAGGGUAUUAAAUUCUUUUUGAUAACUAACACCACGGUAAGGUACCUCAAGGCCGGUGCAAAAAAUUACACAUAUGUUCUACAAAAUAUCCUAUGGUGACACCUUAAAUAGCCUAUAAACCAAGGUAAGUGGUGCGUUACUUGCUAUAAUUUAAGAAAUCAAGCAACCAAACUUGGUUGGGACAGAGCCUGAUAGGUGCUGAUGAUGCCUAAAUGCUCAAUUUGUCCCUGACUUUAACCUAUAGGCUGCCCUGUAGCCGCAAAUUUACGGUAUAUGUACCCAAGAAUUGAGAUUCUUAUGCUGUGUUUACACUUGAGCGUCAACCUAGGUUCAGUUUGUGGUUAACUGAACCCCGGUUAGGAGAAAUGCGUUUACACUUGAAAACUUAACCUCGGUUGAUCAUUCAGCUGGAACAGCGCCAAUUUGAAUUCUGAGGUCAAAUUGCUGCUGCGAUUAUUGUGAUUUUUCUGGCCGUUCUUGUUAUUCUGUGGUGGCUUCUGCUUGAGAUUCACUAUAAUUCAAGAUGAUCUUUUAGGGACCACCUUGCAUGAUGUUUUCUCUUAUGUUUGUCGUUUUCGUUGAGUUUUUUUGUGCUAGUACGUUAGGGAUUCGCAGUCCCUUAACUUGAAAACAAGUUUGUUGUAAAGUAUUGUGUAAAAUGUCCAGCAAAAUGCGCAAAUCUAGAAAACAUGUGGUAAUCUCAUGACUAUUGAGUAAACACUAUUUGAGAAAUGACUGACAUCGGAAAGCGAUAGCUGACAAGAACUGUCAACAGAUUUGCCUGUAACCUCGGUUGAAUAAGCUCAACCAUGCCUCCUGGAAUGGUUGAGCUCAACCGAACCUAGGUUGCGGAUCCUUUGUAAUUGCCGGCACAUAAGUGGCUAUUUCGAGCGUGUUCCACACACUUCAAAUCUAACCUAGGUUGGGUAGUUACUCAACCUAGGUUGGACACUCAAGUGUAAACGCAGCAUUAGCUCGUCUAAACUUCAUCAAACUACCAGAGGUGAUAGCCCAAUAGAUGACAAGGGUUUUUGCGUGUCACUCAUGGUUGUGGAGUGUUGCUAUGGUGACCAGUGAAUUUUCAAAGUAAGGGGAAAUGCACCCAGUCAAGAUACCCAUAAAGUGGGUCUCCAAGAAUCGUGAUUCUAUCUAUUAAAAAUAAAUAGCAUUAUAAAUAUCAUGCACAGCCCAGAUUUUUGGUACAUUUCCACUUACUUUGAAAAUUAACUGGUCACCAUAGCAACACUCCAUAACCAUGAGUGACACGCAAAAACCCUUGUCAUCUAUUGGGCUAUCACCUCUGGUAGUUUGAUGAAGUUUAGUUUAGGAAGUCUAGUUUCUCCUAGUGAAAUUUUUCUAAGCACCCAGUCAAGAUACCCAUAAAGUGGGUCUCCAAGAAUCGUGAUAACUCCGUCGCAUUAACUCUGAUCAAGACCAAACUGCAGGAGGGGAUAGCCCAAUAGUUGACAAGGAUUUUGACGUGUCAGUCAUAUACCUCCAGUCAUGCAUUACAUAUUGAUGCACUCACCCUUUAGAAAGGUGCCUGCUUUUUUAUCCACACAUGCUAAUGCUACUCCAAAAUUAAAUGCUAUGUAGGAGAACAAAUUGAGCUCUGGUCCCAGAGGAUCGUCUUCGCGCGUACGUUCGCUUCCGGUCUCUGCGUCGCCCUGGGUCCCCGAGGAUCGUGUUCGCGCGUACGCUCGCUUCCGGUCUCUGCGUCGCCCUGGGUCCCCGAGGAUCGUGUUCGCGCGUACGUUCGCUUCCGGUCUCCGCGUCGCCCUGAGUACUGAGAGAAGCUGAGAGUUCGACAGAAGCUGCGAGUUCGACAGAAUCCCCUUGGGAAGUCAAGAACGACUGCAAGACUUAGCGAAAGGCUGCAACUGGUACAAGAAGACACAAAAAACCUUUUCAGUGAAAAGUGAAAACACGAUGCAACCCACAAAGCACGGCGAUAAGUCUUGUGAAAAAGAGAGUAAACUACCUUUGCUGUCGGCUAACACAGUACAAUACGAUGCUAGUAUAGCAUCAUGCCUGCGCCUUCUGCUCCGCCUGGCCCGCCGGACACGUCCGCGCGUAGCCUCUAAGGUGGCAUACUCCUUAUUCCUUUCCUGGCAGUUCAUCGGGCUAGUUGUAUUCUACGUACCGCGUGGCGUUGCGUGUUGUCUGGACGAGGAGGCGGCCACUCAUGGAUGUAACGACUCCAUAGUGUUCCCAUAUGACAAAGAAAUCGAGCUGGUGUGGAUGGUGUCUCAUGUGGCGAACAUUAUUAUUUGUCUUGGUGCAUUACUCAUGUACAAAGGUGUCUCCGGUAUGAGACGUGUCAUGAGAAAAUUGAUCAGAAACCCGAACUUUUGGAUCUUAAUGUUUAUAUCUUUGUUAUCAGCAGCUAGCGCGUUUAUAAUUGUCCUGAAGACAAAAUACGAAGAAGUUAGUGGUGUGGGCUUUGGGAUCUUUGCAUCGUUUUGUUUUCAGUACGCUGUUAUGGCUACUAUGGUACCAAUACUCAACUAUACCAUCAUCUCAAAGGAGUGCUUUUACCGUCAAAAAUGGAUCAUUAAAGCCAAUCUAUUUCUUAUGUUCCUGGUAAACUUCACCAUGUUUGUUUUGGGCUCAGUGCAGCUGGGAUUCCAUGUCUCGGGGCUUCCUGGAAUUGAGGAUACGCGACUGCCCAGCAAGUUCACCAGUCUGUUCCUGAUACUUCGUAGGUUUACCAAUGUGAUGUUUUAUUACACCGUUGAAAAGUUUUUCUGGUUCAAGAUGUUUCAUGAUGGCAAGGAUAUUUUGAGUCACAUGGAAUGUCUUGAUGAACACGAGCAAGUUGAACUGCAAAAUCAACCAUAAAAGCAGAAAUAUCCCAUAAGAAUGACCCAGUAAAGUAUUUACGACGAAAGGAACACCAGGAAUAAGGGAACAGUAUAUUGCAAUUUAUUUUCCUCUAACAAACAUGAAUGGCAAAUUUAAAAUACCUCUGCAGCAAACUCCAUCCCACCAGUGAUUAUAAUCAAUGACUGUCCCUUUUUAAAUGGUUUUAAAAAGCCUAGGGCAAGCGCACAUGAUGCCUGUGAUAAUAUAAAACGUUAGGAUUUGUGUCUCUUUUAACGUAGAGUUCAAAAAAACGUUGUAAACAUCUAAUUCCUGCAAGUUUACGUAGGAAUGAGGCAAAAAUUGAAUCCGAUCGGAACUGUCUCUCGGGCCCAAAAAUGCUACAUCGUUUUCGAAUAGAAAACCUACUAGAAUUUCAAACGAAUAGAAAAUUGAAAAUAGAAAAUCAGCUAUACCGAUACAAACAUCUUUAAGCUGUGUUCACAAGGUGAUACUCGGAGUGACGGUGAGCCGUCUGUACAUACAGCGUGCAACAUGCAAUUACAGACCUUGUGCAAGGAGAUAAGUUUUAUUUUUAGGUGUUAAGGCACGUGCCCUCUGUGCCCCACAACCUGCUAUGGCCCACAGGAACACUUCUUGUUUAUAGUUUUUAUUAUAACAUUCCAGAUAAUUAUUACAUAAAUAUGCAUAAGAAAGAACAUAUUCUUCGUUAGCUUCAUCGUCCCUGGAACAUUUCUAUGAGUAUAGAAAAGACUUCUUGCUUCUAAACAAUAGAAAAAUGGAAGAUGAAAUUAAAUAGAUAAAAAUAAAAUUUAUAUUAAAUAAAAAUAAAAUAAAAAGAGCUUUCAUUCUGUAGAUAUCGACUAUCACCAAUGCUACAUGGGAGAUGAAAUGGAAUAGAUAAAAAUAGAAGUUGUCCAAAGAUUCUUCUAACAUUCUAUGGUAGGCGGCGAAAGUUAUUCAACAAUAAACCUAUUCAAUACAUAAAAGGAUAUCUUCACUUUACUUAACUCUGUACCUUACCGUCAACUGAUCAUAAUAAAUUCAAGAAACUGAAA